GUCACCAAAUUUGGCAAAAAGUGGGAGGGGCUUUAGUGGUAUAAAUACCGGAGCCAACCAGUUUCUUAGACAUUCGAAAUCAUCUUCUCAUCAAAGUGAUUGCAGAAAUCUAUCAUCAACACACUUUUCAAGAUGAAGUCGUUCUUUGUCAUCACUCUCGAUCUAUUUGCAUGUCUGUGUCUUGUUGGAGUCACCCAAGCCGUUUCUGUUUCAAAGGAAGGUACGCACGAUGAAGCUUUUGACAUUGAAAACAUUCUAGAUUCAGGCAAACUGACCCAGACAGAAGAGGAUAAAAUCUCUGAAAUUAGAAAACAAGUAUUGUUCCUUCAGGAAUCCGUUGCUGAGAUCAUCCGUUCCUUCUCAACUCUCGAACUCGUUGCGAAGAAUCCAUCAAUGAUGGCCAAGAUUCACAUUCCUGACUCUCUCGAGACCGAGUUUGAGCUGGGAGAACCUGAAAAGACACGACGUCGAAGGGAAGUCGACUCGCCAUCGACUCUCCCGACAUCGGUCCCAUCAUCAGGCGCCGAGCAGCCAAGCCUGGGUCAGAACCCAUUCGGACCAUACUCAUGGCCCAUGUAUUCUGGUGAAUGCUUCAUGUGUCCUCCUGGUGUUCCUGGACAAAGAGGUCCUCCAGGCACACAGGGGGUUGCUGGAAGGGACGGUAGAGAUGGAAGGGAUGCACCGACGAGUCCACAAGCUGAGGUACCUCCCACUUCACCCAGCGACGAAACAAACCCAACUGAAUUACCCGGUGAUGACUUAGUGCGUCCAGUAUGUAACAUGACAAGUCUACCUGGUGUCAUCUAUACUCGCUGGGGCAAUGAUGUAUGUCCUGAAGAUGCAGAACACAUCUAUUCAGGUUCUAUUGGAGGUGCACACUUCGAUCACACUGGUAGCGGCUCAAAUUAUCUCUGCAUGCCGGACGAGCCUAUCUAUGACGAAGUAGAAACUUCCUUACAUGAUGACCGAGCCCUACUAUACUCCUCUGAAUACCAAGUCGAUUCUGGUCCUUCACGAAUACGACAAAUGCAUGACCAGACUCCGACCUGUGCAGUCUGCAGGGCGCCCUCUGGUCGCACCAGCAAACUUAUGAUCCCUGCCCGCAACGUGUGUCCUUCUCAAGAGUGGCGUUUAGAGUACGCUGGUUAUAUUAUGGCAGAAAGAAACACACACCAGAGAUCGGAAUUUGUGUGUGUGGACCGAGAGAUGGUUCCUAAAACGGGUACCAUGGGGGAUCAGAAUGGUGCGCUGUUGUGCCUGACAGAAGUCCGGUGUGUGGUGGGUGAUGGCUUGGAUUGUGGACCCUACAUCGAUGGUUACGAAAUUACUUGCGCCGUCUGUACUAUCUGACAAAGUUGUCAGUUCUUGUCAUGCGUUUAGAACAUCUUUGUUACGUACACACAACAGUGAUAAAAUGUGCACCUUAGUUUCAGAAACAUACCAGUGAUAAAGUGUAAACCUUAGUUUCAUACACACAACAGUGAUAAAAUGAACACAUCAGAUUCAGACACAUACCAGUGAUAGAAUGUAAACCUUAGUUUCAUACACACAACAGUGAAAAAGUGUUUGAUAAAAUUAGGCCUUGUUUUCCGAUUUGUUCUCUAAAUAUUGUAAAUGUAUAUUGAAUUUCGUGAUAGAUUUUCUUUUCCUUCAGGACAGAUUAGUUCCUUUGCUUCUCUGAAUUUUCUGACACAAAUUUGUAUUGAUUCUGACUGACAGAAAUGUGAUACGAAACUCAUUGAUCGUUCAUUGAUUAUGUCUAUAAAUAAGACUUUUCUUUAAUUGAACUGAAUUAAACAGACAUGGUCUAUAUACAAUUUCAAA